GUGACAGAAGACUCGACCGAUUUGUGGCAGAAAAUGUUUGUUUUGCGGAUUACCAUUAACAAUGAUUUCGUCCCAUAAAUCCGACCACACCCUCAGGUUUGUUUGUUUGUCUGUCGGAGUGGGGGGCUAACGUUAAGGGUGUUUAUUAUUGCACCAGAUGAGGACGCUGAUCUUCGUAGCGUGGGUGUUGUUUUACGUGUCAUUUCUUUUGGCGAUGAGAAGGAUGUGGGCUGGGAAGUACGUUCGCAGUCCAUUUGCUCGUAAUCUGUUCUUGAACAUGGUGACUGAAAGUGAAAUAACUGGACACGAAACCCAGAAAUGGUACCACUGCUCUCCGGAUAUGCUUGGAGAAAGGGUCCGAUCUUUGUUUGUGCAGAGCCAUUUGGAUGCUGACACAGAGGCUUUUCUCAGCAGAAGUGUUGAGAAAUCCACUUGGCUUUUUACCCAGCUGUACCAUUCAAUGUUCUCCACCAUCUUUAGUCCUGUGAUGUCCCGAACGUCAAUUAACGGCUUUCUGGGACGGGGUUCCAUGUUUGUCUUUUCUAAAGAACAGUUUCAGCGUCUGCUCCAGAUCAGCCCGGAAUGGAAAGGGGAAAGAAUGUUGGAUUUAGGAGCGGGCGAUGGUGGUGUCACAGAAGUGAUGGGUGCCUAUUUUAAUGAAGUAUAUGCCACAGAGGUCUCUGCGCCUAUGAAAUGGCAUCUCCAACGAAAGCAAUACAGCUUGUUAGGAAUCGAUGAAUGGCACAGAACUGGCUUCCAGUACGAUCUCAUAAGCUGCCUUAAUUUGCUGGACCGGUGUGAUGAACCGUUUAAACUGCUGAGCGAGAUUAAGAAAUCGCUUGUGCCAGGAACAGGGCGGCUCAUCUUAGCGGCUGUUUUACCUUUUCAGCCAUAUGUGGAGACGGAUGUAGCACAUGAUACAUCCUCAGGUGGGAGUUGGGUACGACCCAAGGAAUAUAUCAAGAUCAAGGGGAAGACGUGGGAAGAGCAGGUGACGCACCUGACGACUGAAGUUUUCCAGAAGAUUGGGUUUGAUGUGGAGGCGAUCACACGGUUGCCGUACCUGUGUGAGGGAGACAUGUACAAAGAAUACUACGUGCUUGAUGAUGCAGUAUUUGUGUUAAAACCUCAGGAUUAAAGCUGUGCUUAUGAGAAACUUGUGGCAGCGCCACAAUCAAUUUUGGACAAGUUUGAAUUUUAGACAAAUUUAAACGAAAGGCAAUUUUUUAAGUGCAGAUCAAUUAAGAUACUUGUCUGCAGUAAAUCUCAGGAAAAGCAGACCUGUGAAAUCUACAGUGGGUCAAAAGGAUUUUUACUGUAAUUGAACUGUGUUUUACAGUUGGUUGGGGUCUUGGGGACCAACAAACAGAACAUAUUAGUUUUGUCAAUAUGAAGGUAUUAAGGAACUCUACAUCUCAUACUGUGGUUCUGUAAGUUACACGUGUGCCUGUCCUAUAAUUUUUUGAGUUUUUAUUUUUUUAAGACCCUUUCUAAGAUCUGAAAAGUUAAUAGUUGCACACCAGUAUGUCUGUGUCAUGCUCAGUUAAUUAUCCUAACAAAGAUUUUUAAAACUACUUUAGAUCAAUAUAUUGUAGAGGCCCUCAUUUGUUUUGUUUUAUUUUCAAAAAAACAUAACGAAGAGUCAAACAUGACACUUUGUCACAUACUAUGUUUAGUGAUACUACUGUAAUAAAAUGUUCUUAGUAAACACGUUA